UCCAUGUUGAAUUUUGUGAGAGAAGACGAAUAACUGAGGGUAUAAAUUUUGUGUUGCCAUUGUGAGAUAUUACGAUUUAAGAAUAUCUCAGGAUGGCGAGAACAUCGAUGAUGAUUAGUCUUUUAGUAGCCAUUACUUUGGUUGCACGUUGUUAUGGUCUAGCUCCAAGUAUUGAACCAGCAGCGGCAAACAUAUUUAUUGUCGAACCUGCUCAGAUUAACAUCACCUGCACAUUUACUGGUGAUACUGGUACAUCUGUCCAAUGGCAAAAAGGUGGUCAAGUGGUUGAAGAUCUAGGGUUUAGUGUGAAUGCUGUGAGUAGUACAGCUGGAGGACAAAGGACCACUACAAAAAAAGCCAUUAAAGCAACUUCAUCUCUGUCAGAUUCUGGAGAAUAUAGAUGUAUUGCUGGACAAGAAUCAUCUACUAUUUAUGUUGAGGUCUUCAAAGUUGAAACAAAAGAAGAUGUUUACCAAUAUCCUAUGGAGGAAGCUUCAUUGGCCUGUAACCCUACUGUACCAGAUAUUGAUAAUAAUCCAGUUAAAUAUCAAAAGAAAUGGCAGAGGAAUCAUCAAGAUUUGACUACAUUUGAAGAUCAUGAAACAAAGUACACAAUUUAUGAAUCUAAUUUUACUCUUGUAUUGAAUAAACCAAGAAGAGAUGAUGCUGAUGCUUAUCAGUGUGUUCUGAUGAUUCAAGAUCAAUCGGCCAAUAACAGUACUUUUGAUGUUUCUAUUGAUGUCAACUUUUAUGCUACACCAUAUGUGAAGAAAUUUGAUAAAUCCAAAAAUCUGAUCCAAGGUGAUCCAUUAGAAAUUAAGUGUGCAGUACUUGGAUAUCCUAGAGCCAAUGUAACAUGGAAGAAAGAUGAUGUUAUAUUAGAGGCUAAUGAGAGAAUAGUAUUUAAACCAUAUGGUGGAGUAGACAACACUAUAUUAUAUAUUGAAGAAAUAGAAUUUGAAGAUAAAGGAACAUACAUGUGUCAUGCUGCAGUAGCCGCUGGUAUAGCAAAUGGUACCUUUAAUCGUACUAUAGUAGUUAGAGUUAAAGAUAAAUUAGCUGCAUUAUGGCCAUUCCUAGGAAUAGUAGCUGAAGUUAUUAUUCUAUGUAUAAUCAUAUUUAUUUAUGAAAAGAAACGUAGUAAAGAUGAUAAUUCUGAUGAUGAUGAUACCAAUGUAAAAGGAGCCAGUACAAAUGCAGCUGAAUCUAAUGAAGGGGUAGAGAUAGGCAAGGUCAAAGGUUGAAUUUCUUUAUGUGAUAUUGAGAUGUAUAUCUAUUGGUAAAGUGUUUUUGAAAGUAGGCCUAAAUUUAUUCUGGAAGUGAAUUGGCCAUGUUAAUAAAUGUUUAUGGCCAAUUAUCUCUAUUUCCAUGUUGCUUGAAAUAUUACUGGAUAGUAGAUAAUUUCAAAUGAUCGGUCAUGUACAUUAAAAAGAUAAGGCAUGAAAGGGUUUUUUUUAGAAAUAUUUAAAUGAACUGAAUAUCAAUAGAUAUAAUUAGCAUAAAUAUAGUCUAUUUCAAAGAAGUUAACUUUUCAGGUCAAUCAAUGACAGAUGAUUGUCUUUCACAACAUCACGGAAUAUUACUUUGACAAGAUAAUGGUUGAGGUGAUCCUUUUUUAGUUCUGAAAAUUAUGCUACAUCAUGAAAAUUGAGUAUUCAAAUUCAAGUUGACCUAUUUGUACUGAAGUUUUUAUGGAUUAUAUUUGUAUAUAUAAUAUAUUAACAUCACUCUACAAGCAUGUAUUUUAAUGUUGAUUUAAUAAAUUGUUCUUUCCUAA